CGAAGCGAGCUGGCGUCGUUUCUAAGAAAUCCUUGUAGCUGUGUGAAGAGUAUUUCUGGUAGGUCUUUGGUUUCUCAUUGAAAUGCACAACUAUCAGUAUAAUUUAGUUAAGUAAAGCUACAUUAAAGUAAAUAUAGGCAAAAUUUGGGGAACUUAUAGAUAUAUAUAUAUAAGCUAUUGUAGUGAUGCUUGAUUAAACGAUGAAAUCUUCUAUAAUGAUUUCAUAAUCAGAUCCUAUAAUUGUGCGAAGAAUAUUUCAGGUAGGUCUUAUAUAGAUUUCCUGCCUCAAAUAUAUAACGUAGUAUUAAACGUGUAUUGUUACAAAACAGUCUGUAGGCGAAACAGGGGGCAUAAUUGUCAAAACAUAUGCUAUGUAUCAAAGUAUCCAUGAUUAUAUGAGAGAUUCUAUAUACAAGCUAUAGCUAUAAUAUGUCCACAAAAAUUCUAAAUUUGCCAUGUCUGUUUAUCGUUUAACACAGAGCAAUGUCAUUUUUUGACUACACUUAAUAUCUCAAUUGAAUUACAGGUCCUGGUCUAACUCAUACUAACUGAUACUCAUACUAACUGAUACGUCUAGUACUAACUGUGAACUAAAGUAUACUAUAGACGAUGUUUAUACUGUAUUGCGUGGUAACCUGUGCAAUUGAACUGCAUUUUAAAAUGAUAUGCAGUGGGGCCUAUAUAUAAAUAUACAAAAGAACUGUGAAUUUAACUGAUAUUCUAGUUUUCGACUAUAUUUUCGUCAUUAUCACGAAUGAGUCGUCAUCACUCCUGCAUCAUGAUGACUAAAAUAGAGUCGAAAGCUAGAAUAUUAAAAAAGUUCAUUUUCGGAACCGUUGUAUUGUAUUUUGUAACAAUACACAGUGGUUCUCGUAAUUUGGGGGAAUCAUGUACACUUCUGUCUAUUGUAUAUCCUGUCAUGCAGUUUUGCCAAAGACAAGAUGGCGGAAAAUUCAAACAUCGUUUAAAAUUGGUGGCACAGUGUGCCUUUCGAUUCGUAUUAUAUAUAUAUAUAUAGGUAUAUAUAUAGGAUAAUGAUUUGCUAUAAUUUCGAGUCAAUCGAUGUGUGAAGAAUGCUUUCCGUUAAACAAGUUUUCUACUGUUGUUUCUAAUCAGGGUUCAUAUAUUACAGAUCCGGAAGAGUAUAGAAUUCAAGGAAGUUCAAGGACGAAAGGGAAGGCGUUAGAAAUCAGUUAAAAAGUGACGUUAAAUGAAUGAAUCAGAAAAAAACUGACGUGGAAUAAAUUUCAAACAGCAUUGACAUUGUAAGACAUGAACGAAAUCAAUUCAAUCAUGUCCGCGUUUCGUAACGUUAUAUGGUUACAUAUACACAGAAUAGUAAACCGACAAAUUUCAGAAAAUAUCCAAAAACCAUUAAUUCAGGACUUUCGAGCACUCUUUGAUAAAUUCAAGAAUUUUUAAGCCCCGAACUUUUGUUUUCAAAUUGAAGGAUUUUCAACCCUGUCGAAUGUUUCCUGAAACAGGUAAACCAAGAAUUAUUUACCAGUUUUUAAUUACUUUAAAACGUAUACUGUUAUUGAACGUGAGUUGUGAUACUUUGCAUAUUUUGGCACACCGCUAGGAAAUUAUUUAUAUGACAUUGUUUUAUCGGGAGGGGGUUAAUUAGAUUGCUCAUAACGUAACGUGUAAAAACACAACACUAUAUUACUUUGUUAAUUAGGCCUUGAAUUUUAUGCCCUCAAAUUUGUAUUUUGUAAAAAUACUUACUAGCGAUUCUCGUAAUUUUUUGCCUGGUGUAAGGCACGUUGUUAUGCAGUAUUACAUUUUAACGAUUCAGCUUUCAAAUAAUGAGCCUGGCAGAACGAUAAUUCAUUUUAGCUCUUUCAAAUUUUAUAUUAUUCCACCUAAUUCGCAUAUAUGGCAAGUCAGAAUAUUGGUGUCGCCACCUUAAGUGAUUCCGGUGAACAAACUGUUGGUUAUCUUCAUAAGUGAAAUAUCCAACAUACAUACAAACUUUAUUUAACCACGCUAGUCUCAACAACCGUUGGGAGGCUGAUUUCCAUGCAGGGCGUGAAAUAUAAAUUUAACUAUUUACAAGAAAAUACGGUGAUUUUUAGUGCACACGAUCAUACACAAGAAAGUUUCAACUCAUUCUCCUUUUUUAAUAUCGAUUUGAAAGAGCUUAAGGAUUCAGCAAUUUUUGCCUCAUGGGGAAGAUUAUUCGUUUCGCUAAAUAUUCCUAUAUAGAGAAGCUAAUUAAAACAAAGCUCCUUCCAUUAGAAUUCCGCCAAGAGAUCGCUAGUCUUCAAAUCAAAAACCGGACUAAUAUCUAUGGAUGUCAAUAACUAUUUGUGCACCUUCGAACCAGGCUAUAAAUCACGACGCAAUUACGACGAAAACAAUUUAAACUUCCUGAUUAAUCACAAACAGGACUAUUUUAUGAACUCUUUUUUAUAAAAUCAGCAAACCUGUGGAACAGUCUUCCAUCAGAACUGAAAUCUCUAGUAUAAAUUAACUCUAGUAUAUAUCCAUAUUCAGAGCCAGGCUACACGAGUUCUAUAAUGCUAAAUAACCAACAUAUAGUCCUUAGUAAAUUUCUGUUAUAUAGUUGUUUGUUUAAUCAUAUACUACUAAUUGAUAGGGGUAAAGUUUCAAUUGGAACGCAAGUCCUGUUCAUUUCUCCAGUCACGUCUAUGUUUAGUGUGUUAUCUUGAGUAAGAAUGUUGUGUCAGUGUUGCUUGUUUGUUAGUACACACAUUUUGUAUAUAUCUAUAAAAAGGUGACGAAAUUAUUAAAUUAAAUCUAACGUUGCAAAUUAAACCACGAAAUGUUUUUGGGACACUGUAUAUAUAUAUAGGAAAAACUUAGCUAGCUUCUGUUUGCGCCACGUUGCUAAAGCAUUGACAAAAGGAUAUACUACUAUAAUAGCGUAUAAUAAACUCACGGAAAGUAAUGAAAUUCUAAUGAAUUAUUUUGUUUUAUUUAAAUGCCCUCCAUGUGCAUUGAACUAAAGCAUGAUGAAAGUGCAGGCAUCACCUUUAAAUUGGCGGGCAGAUGAACAACCUCGUACCCAGCCCCGUAGCCCAGGUGAACAACCUCGCACCCAGGGCUUCUGCGCAAUAAGCGCAGAAGCCCUGGGUACGAGGUUGCCCAGGUGAACUACAAGAUGCAUUGAUUCUAUUAUAUACAAUGUACAUAUAGUAUAUCAGUCCAUUUUAUUUCAGCUGUUACUGUAACUGCUGCAAAUUAAAAAGGUUUUGUUUUAUGAUGUCAUUUACAUAUGCAUUAAUUAAAUGCUGUACGUUUAAUAUGUACGAUUUGUUUGUAUUGCAAGCAUUAAAUUUGGUAUUUAAUUAGCAACACAGCCUUUUUGAGCGACACUUUCAAUAACCACAAACAAAUAUUUUGCAUCUCCAAUAUUUUCAUAAAAGACAGCAGUAUUUUCAUAAAAUAAAGAAGUAUUUUCAUAAGAGAAAGCACAAACACAGCUAUACGCAGCUGUUGAUACACUAGUAUAUUAAAACAUCUCUAAACGAAUCAUUCUUGGAACGUAUAAUUUCAUUUUCAAACUAAACCAUCGUUCCAAAUAUACCAAGAACCUUUCCAACUUAAACAUCAGUAUAAUUACAACAGGCAGGGUCGACGACCCAUUCAAUUGUUGUUUCAAGAACUAUUACGGUAAUGCUUCAAUUAACUGGAUAUAAAAACAAGAGGCUUGGAUGUAUUGACAUAUUGUUUUUGAUAUUCCAUAAUUCGUAGACGAUAAAGGUGUUACUCUUGGUCAACGUGAAAACUAGUGUAAGGUAAGCAUCAACUCGCAAGACUAGUGCAUACUUAACUAUUAUGCCAUAGCGUUUCAUUUUUGCCAAAAUAACAGGGAGGAAGUCACUGCAGCUAUCAGGAAGAAUUCACACAAACGGUAACCACGCAAUAAUCUGAUUUGUCCAUCAUGAACAAAACACUGGCUCUUUUUAAAUAUUUAGUCUAUUAUCAAAGAACAAUGAUUCAAGCCCUCUAAUUGAUAAAAUUUUAGCAAUUUUUGAUAUCAUACAAAGCCUAAAUAUCAUAAGCAUUGUUCAGCUGGGAAUAUAGAUAGAUAGAUGAAUAGAAAAUAAAAUACAGACUUUAGACUAUUAUUGAUCAAGAUAUACUGAGCCUCGUAAAAUAUAUACAUAUAAAUCAGCUAGAAAAAUCAAAACUAUCUUAUACAAAGCUAUCUUUACGGAUCCUAAAAGCUUAUUUUACCAAAAGGAUAAAAACUUUAUAACUUUAACUAUUUCUAUAACUUUAUCAUCCGUAGACUUCCUGUAUAGAGACGUCAUGUAUGGGAACGUCAUAUUGUAGCACAAAUGGACAUGGUUCAGCUAAUCUACAAUUUGAAUAUAUCAAACAUUGUAGUGGGCCGAUUUUAUAGCUGUAUUUCAUACACUUCAUAGUUUCAAAUAACUUAAUGUAGAAAUUCAUAUUACAAAAUGAGACUCCUCCAAAACUUAUUAUGCAUGGUAAUCAUAGAUCGUACAUGCAUGAUACAUUAUCUCAUUAAUCUUUUCAUUUAAGGAAUGGGAGCAUUCAUUUCCUGUGUGAAGCGUAGGUAUUUAAACAAAAACACGUAUGCUGUAUAACUUCGAUUCAUCAACCCGAUAUUAUCUUUGAAAUAACAAAUAUAGACUAUAUCCUGUUUAUUUCAACGAGUUAAUUUAACUCUCAGAAGAAUUCUUUUGAAACAAAUUUAUCUCCAAAUUAGGAGGUUCAAAAUAACUGCACCGGAGUGAAAUUAAUUCCCAGUGUAUCUGUUGAGAUCUGGACACUGUAGUUGUUCAUAUAGUUCAAACAUCCGGCAUCCAAUUUAUUCGAAUAAGAGACAGUGGAGGUCAUUUUCUAUGCAGUAGUAUGCAUAAGAAAUUACAUAAAAAAGAUGUAACUGUGGUCCAAGCAUUUAGAUAAAAGGUAUACUAUAACAUAUUUGAAAUAACAAAUAUGCAUGUACUGUCCAUAGAGAUCUGAUUGCAGGGAUACUACAGGUCUAGGAAUUGUAUAGUUGUAUAUUACAUUUAUUUAUGCCCGUAUUCUAAAAGCUCACACUCAAUGAGUGGAGGUUCAAUCUGAGCUUUUCUUGAGUGUCAAUGCUGUUCUUGAAAAGCUGGAGGGUUAGUGUCGUUCCUUACUAUGUGACCACUCACCCUCCAGCUAUUCAAAAACAGCACUGACACUCAACGGGAGCUCAGAUUGAACCUCCACUCUUUGAGUGUGAGUGAGCUUUUAGAAUACAGGCGUUAGACGAGCAGCUGGGAAAAAUGUAAUUUUAUAACACAACUUCCUGUAACUUUAUUUCAUGAAGUACAGCUGAAACCCGUCAAUGCAAAAAUGAUAUUAAGCCCUACAAGCGAUACAUCCCAUUAUUUUUCAUCUCAUUUAACGAACGAAGGCGAUCAUUUUCCAUAGCAAAUAAGCACAUGCGACAUGUACCUGCAUGUGUUAGUCCUUUAGCAUUCUAAAAUCUUCAAUUAUCAAUACGACAAUAUAUUAGGUGCAUGAUGUAUAGUCAUUUACGUACUAUUUAAAACACGAACAGGAGUGCUUUAUCAGAUAACACGAGGCGACAGCCGAGUGUUUUAUGUCUGAUAAAGCAUGGACUGCGAGUAUUUGAAAUGGCUUAAAAACUAUUCAAGGAUUUUCAAGCUUUUCCAUGGCCUUUGUAAGACAUGAACAAAAUCAAUUUAACAAAAUGUCCAAUUUUUAGUGUCAGACAAUUUCGGAAGAUAUCCAACUACUGAAGCAUGAAGAAUUGAAGAACUUUCAAGUAUUUCUUUAUAAAUUCAAGGACUUCCAAGAAUCAAGGCCUUAAAUUUUUAUUUCCGAAUUCAAGGAAGCCUGAUAUUACUGGGGUUUUUACCUUCUGCAAAGUCGGCUGUUAUUUUUCAUGUAAAAAUAUACUGCAAAUACUGGAGUCUCUGUGAUCCGCAGUAGAUCCUGCAAAGGCUGGAGUCUCUGUGAUCCACAGUAGAUCCUGCAAAGGCUGCAGUCUCUGUGAUCCACAGUAGAUCCUGCAAAGGCUGGAGUCACUGUGAUCCACAGUAGAUCCUGCAAAGGCUGGAGUCACUGUGAUCCACAGUAGAUCCUGCAAAGGCUGCAGUCUCUGUGAUCCACAGUAGAUCCUGCAAAGGCUGGAGUCUCUGUGAUCCACAGCAGGAGUUUUACAUACAAGUAAAUUUGAAGGAUUUGUAAGAGAUAUUUGAGGAAACUGACUCACUGCGUUGAAGACAAGAAAUCCCAACUGUGAAUCAGGGGAAAUAUCUUUGUCAUAACAAAUAAGGAAGUAACGAAUUGUUGAUAAAAUGCUUAUCUUCGGACUGUGGGAUGCUAUGUAUUUUUUAUGCUGUUUAGGUGGGCGCGAUAUGAUUGUAAACCGUGGGCUAUACUAAACCACAAAACAAUUACGAAUACGUGGCAUUGGUCUUGAUUCUGAGAAUGUUUUUCUCUUGUCACUUGUUUACAGAUUUUACUGAUAAUGUACUUCAUAUAAGAAACGGACUAUAAUCAAGAUGCAUGUUUUAAAUUUUAAAUUAACGCUCACAGCAUGACAAAGCAAACCAAAUCAUUGACAGCUUAUCUUUACCGGCAGGUUUAUAUAUCAAGAUAUUUGUAAAUGUUUUUUAUUGUGAAAGACCGUUUCAACCGAAAUUCUCUGACUACAACUUUGGAAUAGUAUAUUGCCUUGGUUAUUGCGCUGAAUCUUGGAGAAGGUUUGACUGACUAGCUUUUAUAUACGUCGCAUGACAAACUGAGUCUUAAAUUUGGACGACCACAACGUUGGUUUUCGAAAUUUUAAAACAACGUAAUUCACAACUUUUCAAUUUGUAUACCGAGGGCAUUGUGUAUAUAGAUUACUAACAUAAUAUAAAUACGGUACCUUUAACACAUUGUUUGUAGAUGAUUUUUUCUAGAUGUCCAGUAAUAUCCAUUCCUGUCCUGGCUAUAGCCAGUGACUUCACUGAGAUCAGUGCUUCACUCUCAUGGCAAUUAACAGUACAUCAUUCUAGAUGUCCAGUAAUAUCCAUUCCUGUCCUGGCAAUAGCCAGUGACUUCACUGAGAUCAGUGCUUCACUCUCAUGGCAAUUAACAGUACAUCAUGAAGUCUAUAUAGAAGAAAAAAACGCUAGUCACAAGAUUUAUGUACUACUAUCCACUGUGUAGAACACAGUCCCUAUCUAAAGGCUAUUUCUGAACUUCAUAACAAAUUGUAGCUUUUCUUUCUGUCAUAGUCCGGGACACACGGCAAAGACUUUGCCGUUCGUGUGGGGGAGUAUAAAGGGUCCAAAAUCUACUAGGGGGUUCGGGGGGAUGCUCCCCCAAAACAUUUUGGCCCAGUGAUGCAAAACUAAAAUUUCACGUUCUUAUCUUGCGUUCAUUUUUACCUUCCAUGUUUGCCUGUCAGCGUUAAGGCUGAUUUCCACCGUUACGUUUUUCGUACGCACGUAAAACUUGGAAUCCUUCUAUUUUUUAAAUAUUUUACAAAUAAGUUAACAAAUGCAUACUAAAACUUGCGGAACACUAAAUUCUGUUGCUUUAUUUAUUUAGUUAUUUCAUAAGUAACAUUUAAACGGAUUUUGAAAGUUUUACGUGCGUAUACGUACGUAUGAAAAACGCAACAGUGGAAAUCAGCCUUAAGGCACGUAGAAAUUUACCUGAAAUCACUCAUGAACAAAUAUUGGGGGUGUUACACCCCCACACGCAUCCAUCGCUAAGGCCCUGGCACUAGUCCUUUCGGAAGCAAAGAAAUACGCUACAGAAGAAGCGCCGAAAACGGGCUUUAUUGCCAUCCGUUUAGCAUAUACCCCGGCACGAUUUCCUCAACGGGAUUUGAACUCACAAAAUUUCUAAAUCAACUUGGAUAUUUCAUGUGAGGAUGAUUCUGUUAUAGAAUUGAAAUACUGCGCAUCCUCGCAUGGCUAUGUCGCGAAAGGCUCGCCUCCAAUCCAUGUUCACUCCAUAGUCCACUCCAUAGAGCGGCCGACCGAAGUCCCGAAGGUGGGAAUUUAAAUCCCGUUCGAAUCAACUUUUAUAUACCCGUACAAGGUAUCUAAAAAUCAUGCCGGGGCUACGCUACAAGCGGACAUUUUGGAAAUCGCUCUUUGGCCGAAAACCGUUACUUUUGUUUUGACGGCGGAUACUUUCAGAAUUUAUAAACAUGCAAUCCAUACAUGCCCUUGUACAAACAAUACAUUUUUUUCAUAUUUUGCCUUAAACAAUACAUAUACAUACACUUCGAUUUCAUGCCAACAUUUUGCGAGUUCAUUGGCAAAUCCCUCGUUUCUUACGUGCCUAUUUUUAUACAAAACAACGACUGGAACAGUGUUUCGCCCCUUCUUUAUUUAAUAAACAAAAUUAAUGAACAUUGACCCUCAAAACAAAAUAUGUUUACAUGAGAGCAUCACAACCAAAAACAUACUGUAUAAAUUAUGCCUUAUACAUUGCGCCUACACGUUUUGAUACGAAAAAAAAACAGUAGACGAAAAAUAAUAUGAAAUCCUAGAAGAUAUUCAAGCAAUACGGUCUAGGUUAAAUCUUAUCUUCCCAUCUUCUUGAAAAUCGCUUUAAAACUCUCGCAACAAUUGCGUAUCAACAACGGAAAUGAUAAAUGUUUUACAUUGCAAAUAUAUUACGGUCAUACGCUGCGGCAAUUUUUCCUUGCAAAUGCAACUAAUUAAACGAAUACGCAUGUGGCGUCGUUGCCGCUUUGAGAUAUUAGUCUUCAUUAUGUCGAUCGCAACGAGUAACGCGUUUUAUUUUAACGUAUUUAGAACUUGGGAAAGGUAAACACCGAGGAACGGAUGGAUUGGGAACAAAAUAUUCUGUGACAGCGGUUUGAAUUUACCGUUAAGUAUCACUUAUCACUUGGGCAAUCGGUGAAGCUGUCUGCAACAUAAUUGAAUGCCUUCUUAAGGAAACGUCAACGGCUCCGAAUAAAGCAUACAUAUUGCUUGGCUUCGAGAGAUAUCAUAUUUUGAAAACCAAAACAUUGGCACAAAGCAUUGGAAUUGUGACAGCUCAGAGGUAGGCCCGUGCAUUGGACAAUAGUUGGAACUCCCGAUAUAUAACAAGGGGAAGGGAAAGAAGCCAAACCAAAAAUCACAAGAGUACAAAUCAAACGAUUUAAAGAUUUAGACAUCGGAUAAAGCGAUUAUAUUGCAUGUGUAUUGUUUUGGCGAAUAAGGACUACCAAGCCAAAGCCCUGCCUUUGUGAACGUGGAUUGGACAAGUAUUUACAAUCAAAUAAAUAGGAGCCUGAACACAACAGAAGGUCUCGCGUGGAAAUUCAAACUGUUGAAGCAAUUGUUUGUACUGGACAAAACCGACAAAGGUCAUACCUGGACACAAGUGAUAAAUUCAGCACAGGGAGACACAGAGGUGAAGAAGCUAUCUGAAAUUGAAGUGGAUGUCAAGUGA